AUAGUCUCAAAAAACCGAUAUCACUUUGUGCGCUUUUAUUACGUGUACUUUAUACAAAGAAAAAAGAGUAAAGUUAUAAAUCCAAUUACGUGUUUUACCUGCGCUCGUUUUCGUUUUCGUUGACGUCGCGCCGUCGCAGUGCUUGCUUGUCGCCCGGCCACGUUGUGAGCAAUCGUUAUUUUUCUGGCCAAAAACCCAACGAAACAGCUGUUGGCUUUACACACCUGUCAGAGUAGCAAAAAACACAAAAAAAAAAAGAUAAAACAAGUUGGCCCGCGCCUAAUAUGAAGUCUUAGUUCGUUGCCUAAGUCUUUUGUUUCGCUCAGCACUCUGCGGAGGCGCACGCGAAUUUCUGUGUGAGAAACCGAGCGAGCGUUGUGAGUGCAGAUACAAACAAUACCGAAAUAAACAAGACGCUUUACGGGCAGCAGCAGCAGAAGCAAGGGAAACCAGUUGUGCAACUGCGAUUCGAAUAUUCCAUUGGACCAGUGACUAGUUCCCAGUGCAUCCUCCCCAGCAGCCGCAAAAUGGCGCCGAAGAAAGAGGCGACCUUGAGCCAGCAGCAGCAGCAUCAGCAUCCGCAGCAGCCCGUCCUGGAUCUGGAGAGGAUAAAACGUCACUUCAGCUGGUCGGAUCCCAGUGCCAUCAUUUCCACAGACUCCGCAAUGGCGGCCACAAACAACGAUGGCGGCACACAGCCCAAUGCUGUGGCAGCUUGGGGAGCUCCCGCAAAUGGACCCCGGAACACACAGGCGGCCGUAUCCGUGCGCCACGCCUUUAAGGCGUACGGCAAGAAGAAGAACGCCAAUCAGGUGCUAAACAACCUGAACAUGACAGUGCCCAAGGGAACAAUCUAUGGCCUUCUGGGAGCCUCGGGAUGUGGCAAGACCACAUUGCUUUCCUGCAUUGUGGGUCGUCGUUACCUGGACUCCGGUGAGAUCUUUGUGCUGGGUGGUAAGCCCGGCACUCGGGGAUCAGGUGUUCCUGGUAAACGCGUGGGCUAUAUGCCCCAGGAGAUUGCCUUGUAUGGCGAGUUCUCCAUCCAGGAAACUAUGAUGUACUUUGGCUGGAUCUUUGGCAUGGAGACCAAGGAGAUCAUGGAGCGUCUGCAGUUUCUGCUCAACUUCCUCGAUCUGCCCUCGGAGAAGAGGCUGGUGAAGAAUCUGAGCGGUGGUCAGCAGCGACGAGUGAGCUUUGCCGUGGCCCUGAUGCACGACCCCGAGCUGCUGAUCCUUGAUGAACCCACCGUGGGCGUGGAUCCGCUGCUGCGUCAGAGCAUCUGGAAUCAUCUGGUGCACAUCACCAAGGCCGGACAGAAGACGGUCAUCAUCACAACACAUUACAUUGAGGAGGCGCGACAGGCACAUACGAUCGGUCUGAUGCGAUCGGGUCACCUGCUGGCCGAGGAGUCCCCCAGCGUCCUGCUCUCCAUGUACAAGUGCAUCAGCCUGGAGGAGGUGUUCCUUAAGCUGUCCCGCAUCCAGAGCCAGAAGGGUGAUGUGACCCACGUGAACUUCAGUAACAACAUCUCGUUGCACGCCAUGGCCUUCGGCAGCAAGAUGGACAAGCCCAGCUCCAGCCAGGAAGGCGGUGUUGUGGGUCUCAACUUCCACCAGAGCAAGGAGGUGCUCAUCAACGACAGCAAUGGAUCGAUCUACACGCUCAACCAGGAGCCAUAUAGCCCGCCGCCUUCGCGGCGGAACAACAACCCCAAUGACGAGGAGAGCUGCCAGGACUGCUACGCCAGCCUGUGCAAGGUCACCUCCAAGGGCAAGAUCCGUGCUCUGCUGACCAAGAACAUGCUGCGCAUGUGGCGCAAUGUCGGCGUGAUGCUGUUCAUCUUCGCCCUGCCCGUCAUGCAGGUGAUCCUCUUCUGUCUGGCCAUCGGACGUGAUCCACAAGGCCUUAAUCUGGCCAUAGUCAACGGGGAAAUGAACGACACGGACCACUGCUUCUGGGAGGAUGGCUGCCACUUCAAGAACCUGGGCUGUCGCUAUCUGAAUCAUCUGAACACGAGCGUAGUUAAGACAUAUUACACGGACCUGGAGGAUGCCAAGGAGGCGGUGCGGAUGGGCAAUGCCUGGGGAGCUGUCUACAUUAGCGAAAACUUUACGGACGCCUUCAUCGCACGCUCCAAUCUGGGACGCGACGCCGACGACGAGACCAUCGACUCCUCGGAGGUGAAGGUCUGGCUGGACAUGUCCAAUCAGCAGAUCGGCGUCAUGCUCAAUCGCGACAUCCAGCUGGCCUUCCGUGACUUUGCCAUGGGUCUGCUCGGCCAGUGCAACUACAAUCCCAAGCUCGGCGACGUGCCCAUUCAGUUCAGGGAGCCCAUCUAUGGCACCAUGAAUCCCUCGUUCACCGAUUUCGUGGCACCUGGCGUGAUCUUGACCAUUGUGUUCUUCUUGGCUGUCGCCUUGACGUCAUCGGCUCUGAUCAUUGAACGUACCGAGGGCUUGCUGGACCGCUCCUGGGUGGCUGGUGUGUCGCCCGGUGAGAUCCUCUUCUCCCAUGUGAUCACCCAGUUUGUGGUGAUGUGUGGACAGACCACUCUGGUGCUGAUCUUUAUGCUGGUGGUAUUCGGGGUGACCAACAAUGGCGAUCUCUUCUGGGUGAUUGUGCUAACACUGCUGCAGGGCAUGUGCGGCAUGUGCUUCGGCUUCCUCAUCUCCUCCGUGUGUGAGCUGGAGCGGAAUGCCAUUCAGCUGGCGCUGGGCUCCUUCUAUCCCACCCUGUUGCUCUCCGGCGUGAUCUGGCCCAUUGAGGGCAUGCCCGUGGUGCUGAGAUACAUUUCGCUGUGCCUGCCGCUGACGCUGGCCACAUCCUCGCUGCGCUCCAUCCUGACACGUGGCUGGGCGAUAUUUGAGUCCGAUGUGUAUAUCGGUUACCUGAGCACGCUCUCCUGGAUCCUGGGCUUCCUGAUCCUGACGCUUCUCGUGCUGCGUGCCAAGCGCGGCUAAGGGACCAGCCUACUUUUAGAUGCGUACUUUAGAUUGCGAUUAGUCGUCCUAGUUAGUUACCCCCUACUUCGGCUUCCCCUCCCCAGCUUUCGACCCGAUCCUUUGUAUCCUUCGUAUCCUGCGAGCCCCCAGAUAUUCCUGUCUUCUGCCUAAAUGUCAUAAAUUAUUUAAGCACAUACGCAGCUUUCCUUAGCUUUCUACGCGGCACUCCCCCCUGCUAGGCUAAGAUUCACACAUUUCGUAGUUUAAAGCGUAAGGUUUAGGUACCUAAAUGAAUUGUUUGUAAAUAUUUUGUGUCACGAAUUAUAUCUGUAAUUCAUUCCGUUGCUCUAGAUGUCCAUUACGUGCAACCUCUGUUCUAGAACUUCUUGAUUCCGAAACACAACUUAUUUUAUAUAUUUUUCAAUGGACUGUGAUUGUUUUUUUCUUACAUAUUGCACGCGAGCACACGUAAGGGCAAGCAUAAAGAAAAACAAAAAGAAAACACAAGAAAAUCGAACAAAAAACAAUGGUGGGUUUUGUUAGUAACAUUAAGUAGCUUAAAGCAUUUUUGUAUGGGUUUAAGUUUUUUAAGGUAAAACAUAAUUAAAUACAAUAAUGUACCCUGUACCCCCUACCCUAAAGAGUAUGUAAAAAGUAUAUAUUUCAGGAAAUAUUAUGCAUCCGGCAUAAGUAUUUCGCAACGAACUAAAACAAAAGACAUUGAACAACGAACAAGUGAAUGAACGUUCUUAUUUAAGUAAAUCAUUAACUAUGUGAACGCAGUUAUGUAUAAAUAACAAUAAAAAUCUAAAUAAAGAACCAA